AUGGAGCGGGGCGCGCAGAGGCAGAGGUCCGGCGGGCAGGCAGGUCGCUCCCUCUCUCUCGCGCGCGCGCGCGGUCGAUACGCCGAGAGAGGAGUCGGCUCGCGAAGCGGCUCCCUCAGCCGCCGCGGCAGGCCGGCGGAGGCGUCGCCACUCAGCUCCCUCGCGGUUCGGCUGGCGCUGUCGGGUCUCCGGAGCGUCCGCGACCCGCCCGGACACCUCGCGAAAGUUCUCGGCUGGCACUAG